AUGUGGAUACUUGAGUCGGAUGGGGACUUGCUCGGAGGUAAACGUGUCUGGCUGAAGCCGGGGAAGAAAUACCUCUUCGGGAGGAUCAAACAGGAUGGGAUCCGUCAUGUCAUUCAGCAUCAGUCCAUAUCGAGGAAACAUCUGGUGAUUGAGGUCUCGCCAGUGCAACCUGGUGAUGGAGCCCACGUGCACACAAAGUCCAAGCUCACAGUUACCGAUCAAGGCUCAAAAUGCGGAACGACUUUGGACGGCGUUGUGAUCAAAGGCGCAGAUUCAGUUUUGACGGAGAAUGAACAUACAUUGCAGCUAGGACGCUAUCCACCGGCACUUCGAAUUAAAUGGCAACCGACGGUUCUCAGCUUUUCCUUUUCGACCAAGGAGCUUAAAGCGAAAGAUCCACUCGGUCCCGUGCGAAAUCGCCUGGAAGAGCUCGAUAUCAAGACCAUUAUACCCUACGUCGAAAAGACUACACAUGUUGUUCAAAACAAGAGAAAUACAGCAAAGGGGUUACAAGCUCUGGUGAAUGCAAAGUAUAUCGUUAAAGACUCAUAUCUUGAUGCAUUGGUCUAUGCUGCCACUCCAGGUGACCUCGAAACUACGGAGUCCUUGUCACCCCUGGAAAUAGAUUUUGAUGCAAAUUGGCCUGAUCCUACCCUGCAUUUACCCCCAGCUGGCAAAGAACCUGUUCACCGACCGUCCGAAGCCUUUGCGCCAAAUCCGGAUCGCACUAGGGUCUUCGAGGGGUAUACGUUCGUCUUUUGUGAUACUAGUCAAUUCGAAAAUUUAUCAAAUCCAAUCAACAACGGACAUGGGAAAUCUCUGCUAUAUAAAGUACAACAUGGCGAGACCAGUGCAGACGAAUUACUACGUUUCAUGCGGAACGCUGACGGUGAAAAGAGGUACGACACUCAGCGAAGUCGCGAAGGCGGGGUUGUAUUAGUACGAUUUCGAGCCAAGGGCUAUGAGGAUUGGUCUAUAGAGCUGGGCAAUCAGGUUGCUGUUCAGAUGGAUCAGCGUGUCAUUGAACAAAGUGAGUUUCUCGAUGCAAUUCUGAACAAUGAUGCCACUUCGUUGUGUCGCCCGCUACCUCGCGAUGAAACCGCCAAUAGUCAUGAACAUUCGAAUCAAGAGAAAGUCCAGGAAGUCCAGGAACAUGUGGCGGGAAAUAUUUCAGCGUUUGAAGCCAAUGCAUCUCAAGCUGUUUCCACCCAACAGGAUGAGACCACCCUUCCAGAACAGUCACAGACACAGACACAGAUUAAAAGGUCGGCUCGAUCACAAAGCCGUCCAUUUGUGAGUAGAAUGAAGAACUUUGAUGACGGAUUUGACAUGGAGGAAAUCCCUAUGCAUCAUACAGAUGUCAGCGAUGUAUCUGAGACAUCGCCAGGAAAUAAAACAAAGGUUUUGAAGAGACAGCCAGAACCCGCGAUUAGAGAAGAAGAAGAGGAGGGGGAGGAAGAAGAUGAUAUGGCUAGUCUUCUCCCGGGAGCCAGUGCAAUGAAGCGUCGCCGUGGAGAGGACUCACGCUCGUUCCGCGAAGAGGUAGCAAAGGAGGACGCCCCGAAGCCGAAGCGGCAAAAAGUUGAUGUAAUCGCAGCAGCUCGUAGGCAUCGCGAAGAAGAAGAGGCUGCUGCGCAGGAGCGAAGACAAGCUGUUGAACUUAGCGUCCAAGAGGCUAUUGAUGGUAUGACUAUUGAGGAUAUGAAAAAACUUGUUAUUGUUGAAAAUUUCGAGGUACCUGUUCGAGCGAAAGAACCCGUUGCAAUUGAAGAAUCUGAAAGGUGGGAUGAGCGCUGGAACGGGCGCAAGAACUUCAAGAAAUUCCGAAGAAAAGGCGAUUUGUCCGGCGCAAGAUCUCGCAUCCAAGCCGUUAUUGUACCCUUGGACGAGGUCAAGCGCAAAGAAUACGGAAUUGGCGAUCACUACUGGGCCAGCAAUGAGCGAGAGGAGAGCCCCGAGCCCAUUUUCAGGCGCACGAGCCAGCAACAGAGUAUUCGAAAAUCUGCCAGCCGCGCGGGAAGUCAAGUUUCUUCUCUCGCUAUCUCGGAGGAGCCGCCAGCCGCAUCGAUUUCAAUCAAUCGUGCCCAGUCCGAUGUCUCGCGUGCUUCAGCAACGUUGACAGCACAGCCUAGCCAAAGCAUUGGUCAGAAGAGAAGAAGGGAAACACGUGCUAAAGCCGACAAAGGAGAAGACUGUAGCGAUGAUGAAGAGCUUCGAUUUAAAUUCCGCAGGAAAAGACGGUAG